GAAGUGCUGCAUCAGAAGGACAUUGUAUUUGGUGACUUGAGGCAGCCGAACAUUAUGAUUUCCAAAGACCAUGCAAUGCUAGUGGACUCUGAUUGGGCAGGAAAGCAUGGUGAAGCUUGCUAUCUCACUACUUUGAACAAUCUUGGGGAUGUUGUGUGGCCUCCAGGUGUAGUCUGUGGUGGGAUUAUGCAAAUGGAGCAUGAUGACUUUAUGUUGGAACAACUCAGCCUGUCAGUGUAA